GAUUGGAAGACGACACUAUAUUCUCCCUUCCUUGUCAUUGAUGUUACCCAGACCAGGGGAAGUUUGCCCCAUCUGAUGCAUACAAAAAUAAAAUUUAGUGGUUAGGUAUUGAGUGGUUUUAUUGAAGCAGGUCUGGUCACCUAUCCGCCGGCCCCCCAACCCCUCUGGUUUUCACUAUUCUUCAUAUUAUCGGAAGAACUUGCAGAUCAUAAUAUCAGGUGGUUAGAGUCAAAAGAUCAGUUUGAGUUUUGGCUGACAAUAUCUUUUGAGGGACAUCCCCUAUAAGUAUGCUUUGUGUAAUUAGAGGCAGAGAAAAAGCCAUCUCAUUCUUGUGCCUUGAAAUUGAAAAGUUAUCUGGGGUUAGAUGGCAGAUAUAGCUAAGGACCUAACUGCUGGGACCGUUGGAGGGGCAGCACAGUUGGUAUGUGGGCAUCCCUUUGACACCAUCAAGGUCAAGCUCCAAAGCCAGCCUACCCCAACCCCAGGCCAACUCCCCAAGUAUUCUGGUGCAAUUGAUGCUGUUAAGCAAACGAUUGCAGCUGAAGGCCCGAGGGGCUUGUACAAAGGUAUGGGGGCCCCACUUGCCACAGUGGCAGCUUUAAAUGCUGUCCUUUUCACUGUGAGAGGACAAAUGGAAGCAUUGUUGAGGUCUGAACCUGGUGCUCCACUUUCUGUCAGUCAGCAAGUUGUAUGUGGUGCUGGGGCUGGAGCUGCUGUGUCCAUCCUUGCAUGCCCAACCGAGUUGAUCAAGUGCAGGUUGCAAGCCCAGAGUACUUUGGCAGAUUCUGGCUCUGCAUCUGGGGCAAUGAAGUAUGGAGGUCCAAUGGAUGUUGCAAGGCAUGUUCUCCAUUCAGAAAGGGGUAUAAUGGGCCUUUUCAAAGGUCUGGUACCCACCCUUGCCCGUGAGGUCCCUGGAAAUGCUGCAAUGUUUGGUGUCUAUGAAGCCUUCAAGCAGUACCUUGCUGGGGGCCAAGACACUUCUGUUCUUGGUAGGGGCUCUUUAAUUGUUGCUGGAGGCAUAGCAGGAGCCUCUUUCUGGAUCUUCGUUUAUCCAACUGAUGUUGUAAAGAGUGUUCUUCAGGUUGAUGACUUCAAGAAUCCGAAGUUCUCUGGUUCCAUUGAUGCCUUCAAGAAGAUCCUAGCAGCUGAGGGAAUCAAAGGCUUGUAUAAAGGAUUUGGGCCUGCAAUGGCUCGCAGUGUUCCAGCGAAUGCAGCCUGCUUCUUGGCAUAUGAGGUGACAAGAUCCAGCUUGGGAUGAAAGCCACCAGUUUGAGAUAUGUUAUUGAUUCUUUCCUGCCAGCCAAAGGUUUUCGGCGAAUAUUUUUGAUAAUUUAAUUGUGGAAUGAUUUUAUUAUUGUAUUUCAGAAACCUUUUUAAUUCAAAGGAAUUUAAGAGAAAAAAAGAUUUGCGUGA